UCCCGAUUAGAACAAAUAAACAAAUAAGGUGUACACAAACAAUAACACUUGUCUAUGUUUAAAUAUUAUUAAACUGUUUAUUUCAUACUCUGAAAGAUGUCCAGAGGUACCAGCCCAGUUAGGGACAAAAGAAUUAUACAUCUCGCUGCAGAAGUUGUAGAAACUAGAGAUCGCCGUGUACCUGUUGUUUUACAGCGUUUAAAACCAAUACUUGACACAAGUCCUGCCACUAGUAGUGAUGGGGUACGUAUACGGAGGGAAAUCUGGGAGUUUCAGCUGCUUGAUGUGCUUAUUCUAGUACUGAAACAAGACUACAGUGUGAUAGAAGGACAAUGGCUUACUGCAGCAAGAUUGACAACAAUUUUAAGUCAAGCUGUCUCAGGUUUAGACAUUCCAAAGGAAGAUAUGAAAGAUGUAGAAAACAAUAAAUUACCAGAGGCCAUACAUAAUAUGUUCCUUGUUGCUAGGCGAAUACAAGCAAGAUUUGCACAGAUACCUAAAAGACCUAGUAAAGAAGAAGAAAGACAAUUUCACUUGCGGAACUACAAGACUGUGCUAGAUUCAUUAAUUUAUCUUGCCUCAGGAUAUAUAUCUGUAACUCACAAAGUUUUGAGUUCACCGUGGUUACUACAGCUGUUGAUACUGGACAAUGAAGAGACUGUGGCAUAUAUACUUGAUCUCAUACCAAAAGUGCUGCGUGCUAAUUGGUUGGCAAUUAAAGAGGUGAAUAUUAAAACAGUUUACAGUAUAAUGGAUGAGUUGAUAUACAAACUGUCUGUUGAGUCAUCUGUUAUCUUAGCAACGGGAGCUGUGAAAUGUAUAUUAUGUAUAUGUGAGUACCAUAAACCAAUGGUGGCAGCUUUAUCAACGCGGUAUCGAGGGUUACGUCUUUUGCUUGCUAGAUGGGAAGAUAAAGGUUUUAGUCGUGAUCUCAAGUCAUUACACAGACUCCUAGAUGCUGGUAAUGCUCAGAGAGCUGAAAUGGAGAAAAAUUAUGACAGUGCAGUGAUGAUCCAAGCUAACUGGAAAGGUUAUAUCACUAGGAGGAAACUUGCUCGAGCCAACAAAUCUUUUGCUAAAUUCCAGAAAGCUUUCAGAAAUCGAAGGAAAGUAAAAGAAGAGACGAUGACUAGACAGAAACAUCAAUCUGAGGUAGAAUAUAAGGGUCUAGUGAACAGACAGAGGAUCAUGAGGGAGUUCAGAGAACGUCAGCUACACUGUAUAGAAAUUCUACCAGCAUCCAAAGUAGAGAAAUAUUUAGAGAAUGAACAGAUUCAAGCAGCAACAAAAAUACAGAAAUUAUGGCGAGGUCAUAUCGAGCGUCACCAGCUGACUGGUCGCCGUGAUCUUGUCAGGCAGACCCGGGCGGCUAUCAAAAUACAACAGACUGUGAGAAGAUGGUUAGAGCGGUUAGAGAACAGAAAAGGGAAGAUGCCACUUCAAUUAUUACCUCCGGGACUUACUGAUGAUAGAAGGGUUGAGUUACAGAAAACUAUCAGUAAUUACAGGGAAGAAAAUCCACCUAAAGCCUAUACAAGAGGAGAGCUUGAAACAGUACAUAAAAAGGCAACAGCUUUACUAUCUCGUUAUUAUGGCACAGUACGAGAGAGUAGGAAAGCUGAACAAAGGCGGCAGACACUUCUAGCUCGUCUAGAUACUGAUUCUGACCUUUGUGCAUUGGCACCAGAUCUAAACAAGGUUACACAAAGAGACGUGGAUAUGUAUUCCAGUCGUUCAGUACCUGUAGCAACAAAAGCACGAGUUAGUCACAUGGAAACAUUACGCAAUUUACAAUUACCAUGGUGGAAGAAACUUGGUGAUGAAUUUCAGGACUCGGAAAUCCAAGAAGAGGAAGUGUUACUGUUUUAAUUGUAUAAAUGUUUAAAAAUAAGUGUCAAAUGGUUUCUGGUAAUUGAAAUUGAAUAAAGCAAAGGCUGCUUCUAAAUUAGUUAGGAAUCAAGAGCCUAAGUAACAACUUCAGUUUAGAAUGUUUAAGUAGGAAAUAGUCUAGACGGGUGAUUUGUAUUUCAAAAGAGAACAACAUACUGGAAUGUUAUAAUGAUAAGACCAUAUUAAUAAGACUACAAUGUAUAUUCAUUUACCAUUAUCACAAUUUUAAAUCUCUAAUUUGCAUUAGAUGAGUACUAAAUGUACAAGUUGUGAGUUAUCCAAUUUCCAAUUACAGAAAAUAUAAAAAUAUUAUUUAAAAAGUAAAUUUCCUACAAAAGCUAUUUUGGUUAUGCUAGAAUGUAAGCUAUUCUUUUCAUUUUUUCAAGUCAGUUUUUGUAUGUACAUGUAUAUAAUUCCGUCCAAAUGGAAUCUCAAGUUUAGUUAAUCAAGACCAUUUGUUGUGAAGUUGGGUGUGUUACUCUACAUGGACUAGAGAUUAUUAUCUAGAAUAACAUAGAAGGGACUUUAUUUUUAGAACUGUGAUAUUUUUACAUUUGUAUUUAUUUACAUGAAAUUAGGUACCAUACUGUAUAAUACAAUAAAAUAUUGUACACAUGUA